GCAGUGUAGCAAAAGCCACCACAAAAAGGACAGUUCUUGUCAGACAAGGUGGGGUUUCCUCCUCCAUCUCAGCACCAACCUUUUCUAUCUGCCUCUGGACCACCUGCUUUAUGUUUUAUUAGUCAGCUGCGUUUAAUAAUAGCCUCAUUUUGAUGCUAUUUUGAAAGAGCUCAUUUGGAUCAAGAAUGUGCCGAAAGCUUUGGGCGCAGCAGUGAGACAGCAUCUUUUUACUGGUGACACGUCACUAUCAUCUCCAGUGGACAAGCGUUACUUCUCCCAAAGCCCCAGCGGAAGACCAUGUCGGACAAAAGUGACCUGAAAGCCGAGCUGGAGCGCAAGAAGCAGCGACUGGCCCAGAUCAGGGAGGAGAAAAAGAGAAAAGAAGAGGAGCGGAAAAAAGAGGUCAUUAAAAAAGCAGAAAGCCAACAGAAGACGGAGGCCAGCGCAGAGGAUUCAGACUUGGACCGCAAGCGUCGAGAAACUGAGGCUCUGCUGCAGAGCAUUGGCAUUUCACCAGAGCCUCCUCUAGUGCCCAAUCCUUUGUCCCCGUCCAAAUCAAUGAGCACACCCAGUGAAACGGGGAGCCAGGACUCAGCUGAGGGGGGAGCAGCAGGCAGGUCAGGUUUCUCAAAAAACAAGUCCCAGGUACAAAGGACACUGCAGUGGGACACAGACCCCACGGUGCUGCAGCUGCAGGCCGAUUCCGAGCUCGGGCGCAGGAUGCUCAAGCUGGGGGCCACCAAGAUCACACAGGUGGACUUCCAGCCAAGAGAGGUGGUCUUGUACAGCAAGGAGACUCAAACGCCGCUCACCGCCCACUUAUCUGAAGAAGAGGAAGAAGAAGACGAAGAAGUGAUGGAAACACAGGAGGUGCAGGAUGAAGAUGACAAGGAACACAAAGAAGGUCCUUGCCCUGCGCUACGGGAACUGACGGAGGAGGAAAGGCAGCAAAUACUUCACUCCAGCGAGUUUCAGACAUUCUUCGACUGCAGCAUCCGGGUGAUGGAGCGAGCUCUGGCCGAGAGCGCUGACGUCUUUUUCGACUACAGCGGUCGAGCCCUGGAGGACAAGGAAGGAGAUCUGGCUGGAGGCUCCAGUUUGUCAUUCAGUAGACUUUUCUACGACGAGCAUUGGUCCAAACAUCGCGUUGUCACCUGUCUUGACUGGUCCCUUCAGUAUCCUGAGUUGCUCGUGGCCUCCUAUAACAACAAUGAAGAUGCCCCCCAUGACCCAGACGGUGUGGCCCUGGUGUGGAACAUCAAGUUCAAAAAGGCAACACCUGAGUACAUCUUUCACUGUCAGUCUCCAGUGGUGUCCGUGGGCUUUGCCAGGUUCCACCCCAACCUGGUGGUGGGCGGGACCUACUCGGGCCAGAUCGUCCUAUGGGACAAUCGCAGUCACCGACGCACCCCCGUCCAGAGGACUCCCCUGUCAGCCGCUGCACACACCCACCCUGUGUACUCGGUGAAGGUGGUGGGCACCCAGAAUGCCAACAACCUGAUAAGCGUGUCAACAGACGGCAGGAUGUGCUCCUGGAGCCUGGACAUGCUGGCUCAGCCUCAGGAGACUAUGGAACUGGUGUACAAUAAAUCCAGACCAGUGGCAGUGACUGGCAUGGACUUCCCUGCUGGAGAUGUCAACAAUUAUGUGGUGGGCAGCGAGGAGGGCACCGUGUACACUGCAUCCAGACAUGGCAGCAAGGCAGGGAUCUGUGAGAUGUUCGAGGGCCAUCAGGGGCCCGUGACAGGGAUCAGUUGCCACAACGCUGUGGGCGCCGUGGACUUCUCCCAUCUUUUUCUCACUUCCUCUUUCGACUGGACCGUCAAGCUUUGGAGCACCAAGCACAACAAGCCUCUCUACUCCUUCGAAGACAACGCAGACUACGUCUACGACGUCAUGUGGUCGCCCGCACACCCGGCCGUCUUCGCCGCCGUCGACGGGAUGGCUCGUCUCGACCUCUGGAACCUCAACGACGACACAGAGGUGCCCAGCGCCAGUGCCACCAUCCCAGGGGCCUCGGCCCUGAACAGAGUGCGCUGGUCAUCCGGGGGCAAGGACGUGGCUGUUGGCGACUCGGAAGGACGAGUGUGGGUCUACGAUACUGGAGAGCUGGCCGUGGCCCACAGCGACGACUGGACACGCUUCGCCCGCACGCUGAUGGAGAUCCGAGCCAACCGUGCGGACGGCGAGGAGGAGGGGCCAAUGGAGCUGGCGUCUUAGACCUCCCGUGGCGUGUUGGUGUUGUGUCAUGUUGCUUCUUGUCCUGUGCUGGGGGUGUCCACAUGUUUUCAUCAAUCACAGGAAAUAAAUACGCAAAGUGGAGUAAAAGAGCAAAAAGGGCGUCAAGUGAAAAGAAAAAGUAUGAUGCACAAUUGACCGACAACUUCCUGCUGGUCAACAAAGAUCCCGAGUGACAUCUCCUAUGUUUUCAUGUCCUUGGUGCACACCUGCUCGGCAACUGACUUGAUUGGGGCGCUCUAAACUGGCCUUUCAGGGGCCUGAUAAGGUUUGAUGUGUUUUGAUUUGCUCACCCUACCUAAAAAAGGUUAUCUUGCCUCAAUUGUAAAAUGUUAACUGUCCAAUAUUUGUUUUCUUGAAACAAAUCUAUAUCUGCUAUUGGCUCUGAAAAUGAAAAUAAAAAUGGCCUUUAUAUUUGUCAAUUUUUCAUUGGAAAAUGUUUGGACACCCCUGAUAAAAAGGGUAAUUACAUAUGUAUGUAUGUAUGUAUGUAUGUAUGUAUGUAUUUGUAGAGGACACCCCUGAUAUAAAGUGUCAAUACUUACAUAUGUAUGUAUGUAUGUAUUUGUAGAGGACACCCCUGAUAUAAAGUGUCAAUACUUACAUAUGUAUGUAUGUAUGUAUUUGUAGAGGACACCCCUGAUAUAAAGUGUCAAUACUUACAUAUGUAUGUAUGUAUGUAUUUGUAGAGGACACCCCUGGUAUAAAGUGUCCAUACUUACAUAUGUGUGUAUGUAUGUAUUUGUAGAGGACACCCCUGGUAUAAACUGUCAAUACUUACAUAUGUAUGUACGUAUGUAUUUGUAGAGGACACCCCUGAUAUAAAGUAUCAAUACUUACAUAUGUAUGUACGUAUGUAUUUGUAGAGGACACCCCUGAUAUAAAGUGCCAAUACUUACAUAUGUAUGUAUGUAUGUAUUUGUAGAGGAAACCCCUGAUAUAAAGUGUCAAUACUUACAUAUGUGUGUACGUAUGUAU